CUCCUCUUCCGCUUACACUAUAUCCGUCUGCAUCUCACCGGCAUUCCUUCUCUUCCUGUCCAAAACCAUACAAAGAAACAGAACCAGAGAGAGUUUGUGAGAGAGAGAGAGAGAGAGAGAGAGAGAGAUGGGGAAAGGUGGCGAAGGAUUCGAGGGGAAGGAGCAGAACAUGGCAGCCUGGCUGGUCUCGAUUAACACCCUCAAGAUCCAACCCUUCGAUCUUCCUCCCCUCGGCCCUCAUGAUGUCCGAGUGCGGAUGAAAGCUGUGGGCAUUUGCGGCAGUGAUGUUCACUACCUCAAGCAUAUGAGAUGUGCCCAUUUUAUCGUCAAAGAACCGAUGGUUAUUGGGCAUGAAUGCGCUGGAGUGAUAGAAGAGGUGGGCAGUGAAGUUAAGUCGCUUGUGGUGGGCGAUCGUGUUGCAUUAGAGCCGGGAAUCAGCUGCUGGAGAUGCAAACAUUGCAAGGGAGGCCGCUAUAAUCUAUGCACUGACAUGAAGUUUUUUGCCACUCCCCCUGUUCAUGGUUCUCUCGCUAACCAGGUGGUGCAUCCUGCUGAUUUGUGCUUUAAGCUUCCUGAUAAUGUGAGUUUGGAAGAAGGUGCAAUGUGCGAGCCCCUUAGUGUUGGAAUCCAUGCCUGUCGCCGAGCGGAGAUUGGUCCAGAGAAGAAUGUCCUUAUCAUGGGAGCUGGGCCGAUAGGCUUAGUCACAAUGCUAGCAGCUCGUGCAUUUGGUGCUCCAAGAAUCAUUAUUGUCGAUGUAGAUGAAUAUCGUCUUUCAGUUGCAAAAUCUCUUGGUGCAGAUGAUGUUGUUAAAGUCUCUACCAGCAUGCAGGAUGUUGAUGAGGAUGUUGUUCGUAUACAAGAGGUUAUGGGUGCUGAAGUUGACGUGAGCUUUGAUUGUGCUGGUUUGAGCAAAACUAUGUCGACUGCUCUUAGUGCUACUCGUGCUGGUGGUAAAGUUUGCCUAAUUGGAAUGGGCCACAACGAGAUGACUGUUCCCCUUACUUCAGCCGCAGCAAGGGAGGUUGAUAUCGUCGGCAUCUUUCGCUAUAAAGACACUUGGCCUCUAUGCCUUGAGUUCCUCCGAUCUGGAAAGAUUGAUGUAAAGCCGCUGAUAACUCAUAGGUUUGGGUUCUCUCAGAAGGAGGUUGAGGAAGCUUUUGAGGUCAGCGCUCGCGGCAGUGAUGCAAUCAAAGUUAUGUUUAAUCUUUAGACUAUGAGCUAAGGUGUGCUUAAAGAGUGUAGCAGAGUAAGUCUCCCUUUGAUAUAGAAAUAAGAAUAAGUGGGUAUCGUGUUAAUUAUUAUCUGGAAACAUAUGUAACUGAGGAGUGGCUUUUGUUCGAAAGCUGGAACUCUCUUAUGGUAUGUAUUGUGCUCUUCUAGUCCUGUUUGAUAUUUUACUGGUUUUUCAUCUCAUAAUGAUGUUGCUGUUUACCCAUGGUCA